AUGUCUGACGCACUUCCUUCAGGUAUUACCGGUACCGGUACUGGUGGUAACGAUAUGGAAGUUGACCUUAACGUUCAAUUUGACAGAGGUGACAUGGCCUGGAUUGGUACUGCCUCCGCUUUGGUCUGGAUUAUGAUUCCAGGUGUGGGUUUACUCUACUCUGGUCUCUCAAGAAAGAAGCACGCCUUAUCAUUGAUUUGGGCUUCUAUUAUGGCUGCCUGUUUGACCAGUUUCCAAUGGUUUUUCUGGGGUUAUUCCUUAGUUUUCACGCAUACUUCAGGAUCUCCAUUCUUAGGUAACUUGCAAAACUUUGCCUUAAUGGACGUUUUGGGUGCCCCAGGUGUUGUUACAACUGUUCCAGAUAUUUUAUUCUGUUUCUACCAAGGUAUGUUCGCUGCCACCACCGCUAUUUUGAUGGUUGGUGCUGGUUGUGAAAGAGCAAGAUUGGGUCCAAUGAUGAUCUUUUUGUUCUGUUGGUUGACCGUUGUCUACUGUCCAAUUGCUUAUUGGACUUGGGGUGCCAAUGGUUGGUUAUACGCUUUGGGUGGUUUGGAUUUCGCAGGUGGUGGUCCAGUCCAUCAAAACUCCGGUUUCGCUGCUUUAGCUUACUCCUUGGUCUUAGGUAAGAGACACGAUCCAUUAACCCAGGGUAAGGUUCCAAAGUAUAAGCCACAUUCAGUUUCCUCCAUCGUCUUAGGAACCAUUUUCCUUUGGUUUGGAUGGUUUGGCUUCAACGGUGGUUCCACUGGUAAUGCUUCUAUCAGAUCUUGGUAUGCAGCUGUUAACACCAACUUGGCUGCUGCAUCUGGUGGUUUAACUUGGAUGUUUGUUGAUUGGUUCAGAACCGGUGGUAAGUGGUCCACCGUUGGUUUAUGUACUGGUGCUAUUGCUGGCUUAGUUGGUAUUACUCCAGCUGCUGGUUUCGUCCCAGUUUACACUGCUCCAAUUUUCGGUGUUGUUCCAGGUAUUGUAUGUAACUUUGCUGUUGACUUGAAGGUUCUCUUAGGAAUCGAUGAUGGUAUGGAUGUCUUCUCAUUGCACGGAAUUGGUGGUAUCUGUGGUUCAGUUUUGACUGGUUUAUUUGCUGCUGAUUACGUUGCAGCAUCUGAUGGUUCCGGUCCAACUGCUCCAAUUGAUGGUGGUUGGAUGAACCAUCAUUACAAGCAAUUGGGUUACCAAUUAGCUGGUGUUUGUGCUAUUGGUGCUUGGUCUUUCGUUGUCACCGCAAUCUUAUUGUUCAUAACUGACAAGAUUCCAAAGUUAAGAAUUAGAUUACACGAAGACGAAGAAUUAUUGGGUACUGAUUUAGCUGAAAUUGGUGAGUACGCUUACCAUGCUGAUGAAGAAGAAGAAGACCACCAAGCUUACGUCUUGGAACCAAUCAGAUCAACAGAAGCUAGAUUGAAUAAAUUGAAGAGCGCAACUCAGAAAGAAGGGGAAGCCCCACUUCCAGCAGAAGCUACUGCACAUGGUGAAGUCAGCGCUGAUGGAACUGCCAGUGAAACCUCCAAGAGAUUUUAG